AUGGCUUCGGCUUCGAGAGAGGUCACUGCUCAGAGAGGUGCCCACUCAAAGGUGAAGUCCGUGAAGCUGCUUGAGGUUCUGAAUGCUCUGAAGGAGGAAGAGUCCAACAGCAGCAGGGAGGAGAUUUUCAUUGCACCACCUGAAAAUGCUGCUGGGGACUUCACCGAUGAGGACUCAGGCGAUGAAGAUGGCCGGGGAGCUGCUCACUUGCCUGGCAGUGUGCUGCAUGCUUCAGUUGUGUCUGAAGAUUCUGGCACAGGGGAAGAUAAUGACAAGCUAGAGCUGCAGCCAGCCAAGAAGAGGCAGAGGUCAGUAGUAGAACCUCAGCGCAUUUGGACCAAAAGAGAUAUCCGACCAGACUUUGGCAGCUGGAUGACAUCAGAUCCUCAUAUCGAAUAUCUCAAAAGCCAGGAACUGAGUCCUGUGGGCCUCUUUGAAUUGUUUUUUGAUGAAGGAACAAUUAAUUUUAUCGUUAAUGAAACCAACCGUUAUGCAUGGCAGAAAAUUGUCAACCUGGGUCUCAUGGCCCAGGAAUUGAAGUGUAUUUUGGGCAUUUUGAUUUUAAGUGGGUAUAUCUCCUAUCCAAGGAGAAGGAUGUUUUGGGAAACUUCUCCUGAUUCACAUCAUCAUCUUGUUGCCGAUGCAAUUAGAAGGGACGGAUUUGAACUGAUCUUCUCAUACUUGCAUUUUGCAGAUAGCAAUGAACUUGAUCAAAGUGAUAGGUUUGCCAAGGUCAGGCCUCUCAUCAUCAGGAUGAAUUGCAAUUUCCAGAAGCAUGCGCCCUUGGAAGAGUUCUACAGCUUUGGCGAGUCCAUGUGUGAGUACUUUGGACACCGGGGGUCCAAGCAGCUGUAUGCUGGGAAGUCGGUGAGGCUCAGCUAUAAGAUCUGGUGUGGGACAACCAGCAGAGGCUACCUGGUGUGGUUUGAGCCCUCUCAGGGCACACUCUUCACCAAGCCAGACAGGGGCUUGGAUCUAGGAGGCAGUAUGGUAAUAAAAUUUGUGGAUGCACUUCAGGAGCGUGGCUCUCUGCCAUACCACAUAUUUUUUGACAAGGUUUUUACAAGUGUUAAACUGAUGUCCAUUUUGAGGAAAAAGGGGGUGAAGGCCACAGGAACUGUUCAUGAAUACAGGACUGAGCGAUGUCCCCUUAAAGAUUCCAAAGAACUGAAGAAAAUGAAGAGGGGUGCAUUUGAUUACAAAGUUGAUGAGACUGAGGAGAUCAUCGUAUGCCGCUGGCACGAUGGCAGUGUGGUGAACAUCUGCUCCAAUGCUGUGGGCAUAGAGCCAGUGAGGCUGACUAGCCGUCACUCAGGAGCAGCCAAAGCACGGACACAGGUCCACCAACCAUCUCUGGUGAAGCUGUAUCAGGAGAAGGUGGGGGGUGUCGGCCAGAUGGACCAGAAUAUUGCCAAGUACAAGGUGAAGAUCCGGGGCAUGAAGUGGUAUUCGAGCUUCAUUGGCUACGUCAUUGAUGCCGCUCUCAACAAUGCUUGGCAGCUGCACAGGAUCUGCUCCCAAGAUGCCCAGGUGGACCUCCUCGCCUUCCGGAGAUACAUUGCCUGUGUGUAUCUGGAGAGCAACGCUGACACGUCCUCACAAGGCAGGCGCAGCCGGCGGCUAGAGACCGAGAGCCGCUUUGAUAUGAUUGGGCACUGGAUCAUUCACCGGGACAAGAGAACCCAGUGCGCCCUCUGCCACUCACAGACCAACACCCGCUGUGAGAAGUGCCAGAAGGGUGUCCAUGCCAAGUGCUUUAGGGAGUACCACAUCCGGUGA